AUGUCAAAACUCGAUAACCCUAGUGCCAUUUUUGUUUCCAAUGACGAAGUAUUUAUUGCUGAUACGGGUAAUGAUCGAGUGAGAAAAUUGCUUCGGAAUGGUCAAAUUGUAACAAUUGCAGGAAAUGAGCGUGCAUCAUUGUAUAAUCCAUCUUCUAUUGUUGUUUCAUCAUCAAAUCAAGUUUAUAUUUCGGAAAAUGAGCGUCAUUUGAUUUACAAGAUUGAUGAAUUUGGAAUCAUGACAAAAAUUGCCGGAACAUGUGAAACAGAAUACAAUGGAGAUGAUCAAUUGGCUGUAAAUGCAAACUUGAACUCUCCUUGUGGUCUUUUUGUUACUGAUGAUGAUGAAGUAUUAUUUUGUGAUAGAAGAAAUCAUCGUGUGAGAAAGAUUGAUAGAAAUGGAAUCAUUACAACAAUUGCUGGAGAUGGAAUUGAAGGAUACGAUGGAGAUAAUCAAUUGGCAACAUUGAGUUCAUUGAAACACCCUUGUAGUGUAUUUCAAUACAAAGAUGAAAUUUACAUUGCAGAUUCCUUCAGUAAUAGGAUUAGAAAAAUUGAUCGUGAUGGAAUCAUCCACACAAUUGCAGGAAAUGGAAUUGAAGGAUACAAUGGAGAUGGAAGGAAUGCCACUGAUACAAGUUUGAACAACCCUAAUUCUCUCUUUGUUCACAAUGAUGAAAUUUACUUUUCAGAUUUAGACAAUCAAGUGAUAAGAAAGAUAUUACCCAAUGGAAUCAUCAAAAACAUUGCAGGAAUUCCAGGAAAAAAAGGAUAUAAUGGAGAUUAUAAAUUAGCAACAAGAACAACACUUAGUUGGCCAAAAGGAAUAUUUGUUGAUUCAAAAAAUCAAGUUUAUUUUGCUGACUACUAUAAUCAUUGCGUAAGAAAGAUUUUCAAGAAUGGAAAUAUGAAAAUAAUUGCUGGAAUUGGAGAUGUAUUUGGAUAUUCAGGAGAUGUUCCAUUUGAUUUCCAACAAUAUCCACAUAUUGGACCACCAAGAAAGAAAUCACCAAUCAAACCAUUCCCAAAAUCAUAUCAUGAUUUGAUUUUAAUUUGUCAAAUUGUUUAA